AAGAAAGACAACCAAAAUGACGAGAUUUGGGAAAACUUGGAUGAAAUUAAUUCAUUGAAGGCAAAGUCUUAUAUAGCUGACUUGGAAUUAGAAAUUAAUAAGAAGGAGGGAAGGCGAGCUGUUCACCAAAUAACGAAAGAGGGAUUUAGAGUAGCACAACGAGGAUUACAGGAAUAUUCUGAUGCAGAGUUUAAUAGUAUGCGAACUG